AUGUUCUACGUUGUUGUUAUACAUAAUCCGAGACGUGGGUUGAACUUUUAAAAAUAAAAAAAACUUGGAAAACCGUGGUAAACCGUGGUAAAUGCGGAUGGAUCCAAUCUGUCAAUUGAUCUCUUUUUUCGUUAAUUUUGGACUCAUUUUGGAGCCUUUUUGCAAUAUUUUCGAAAAAGUUUCUAACAACCGGACUGCUCACGAAUGUUUAAGAUAGUUCUACGGUGGCCGGUGGGCGGUCAGAAUUGGGCCGUCAGUUUUGGAGCCAUGAAAUUUUUCAAAUUUUUUUUUCUUUUUUUUUUUUGCCAUUUUUGGAGGACCUAUUUCUCGAGGUUACGAAAUAAAUUACAUUACAAAAAGUGCACAAGUUUUCAUUUUAUUACUGAAAAAUCUAAUUUGACUACCGUAAUACGUCCGGCCGCCUUGAACAUGCGCGGGCUGUAGACCUAAAUUACAUGGAAACGGUAGAAGAGCCUACGAAAAUCGAGAUAAACUACAGAAAAGAUCCGUCCGAAUCCGUUUUUUCUGUAAAAAUCUUUAAGAUUUCAUUUCGCAGCCAUUGUAGAUUCAUAAAGGAACCUUUCACAUUUGCCUGUGAAUGACAAUAAAAAACAAUUUUAGGGGUCCAACUCACAGAAGUGUCAGAAGUUAUGGUGAGAAAAUUGCAAGAUUCAUUAAAAGCUUCAUCGGUGGAUUUUCCGCCUUUGGAAAACAUUACCAGUACUUCUACAGAGGCGCCGAAAAUUUUGAGGUUCUUUUAACACUUCCAUAAUCACUUCCAUAAAAUUUUUCUCCUCAAUGACUGAAGACUUCUAGCUUUUUUGCGUUGUUGUUUCAACAAGUCAUUCUUGAUUUUUGAUAGAAAAGAGAGCGCAGACAAGCCAGACGGUUUCAAACCACGGGAAAGUUUUCUUGAUAUGCUAACUGAUUACAUUUGAGAACAAUAAAUGGUUGCCAAAUCGAGGAUUGGAAUAAUAUUGUGACGGAUCGAAUACCAAAUCAAGAUUUACACGAUAGAUGGCGUCAUAAUGGAGUGUCCAGAGAGGUUAGAAUGACUGAGAUGAUCAAACUAUAAACCUUUUUUUAGAACAAUCUACGGGCAAAUUUGUCGCUUUUAGGCGCCUACGUCUAUCCGAAGCAUAUUUCUGUUACCAUCACUUCACAGAAUUUAUUCAAGUCCGUUUUAGUUUUGAUCUCUGAAAAUUUUGAAUGACCACAGAUUUCAGUAAGAAAGUCUACUGUCGCUAUUUCGACUGCCAUCGGAGAGAAAUCGAGAUGGCAUUUGAGUCGAGAGUUUUCCCGGAAUCAACAGUUUACUGUGGCCGGAGGGCUGGCGCCAAGUUCAUGUCCCUGACUGAGAAGCUGGAGGAGAAACCUCAGCCUCCAGUUCCGAUUUUGGACAGGACUCAGCCAGGUUUCUUGACUUCUAAUUCAAGUUACAGAGAGGUUAGAAAAUCAGGGAGCUACUACAAUAGAUAGUAGUUGAUAGUUAAUCCCGAACAAGGUACACGGUCAAUGAAAUCAGAUACUUAAAAAUCACAGAGUGGUCUCUAUAGGGGUUAAGGGAAAAAACAGUGGCCAAAAAUUGGUGCUUACGGCUUGGGGUGGCACCUAAAAGGACCACUUUUGCAAGCUUUAGUGGGCCCUAUAGGAGUUGGUAAAGUAGUUGUUAGUAGUGAUCACCCCCUCCCUCCAAAAAGCCUUCGAUAUUUCCGCUAUAGGGACUACUCUGAAGUUUCUAAGUACAGAAAGGUUCGUAAACCACUUUUGCCAAUAACAGUGAUGAAUAAGUUUGAUCGAUUUCUCCAAAAGUCAGCCAGAAUAAUUGAGAACCCGAGCAUUUCUUCUCGAUCUGCCUGGCGCCUCUCUACGGCGACGAGCCGAAAUGGAUGCAAAUCGUCGAGUUCAUCGAACAUUACAAGCUUCAAGUUGAUUUCUAGCCAGUCUUCAUUCAUUAUAUCAUUCAGGGAGCCGACCAUUUCUACAUUUAUCUUAUCGAAGUUAGCCCAUAUGAUCGCAUUAUAUUGGAUGACUAUGUGAGGUGAUUCAAAGAAAUUUUUAUAAAUCAAGGUAUUUUGGUUAUUUCAGGACAGGUGAGAUCGAUCUGAUCAUCCUGCACGAUCGAUUUGAAAGGCCAGAUUGGUUGUUUCACAUGGUCGAGGUUUUCGUGAGUUUCGGAGGUCUAAAACAAGGACUUUUAAAAUUAUAUGGCGACAUUUUUGAUUUUUCAAAAGUUCUUUUGUAAAAAAAUUUUUUUAAGUGAAUGGCAAAGGUCACUAAUGUGUCUUUGAAGAGUUUUCGUAAACUUUUGCAGUCUACUUAUUUUAUUUUUAAGUUAGGAUUGCAGAGAAUUUUAUAAAAAUUAUUAAUAAUAUGGAAAAAAAAAUGUUCAUCUGUUUAGGACUGCCUUCAAAGAAGCAAAUAUCAUUCAAAAUGGUCCGCUUUUAUCGAUAUCGAUGAGAGGAUGGUCAUGAACACAGCUGGGAAUACUGUAGCUAACUAUUUACAGUAAGUUUUUCCACAAUUUUCAUUCGAAACUUCGGCAAGAGUGAUUUUCCCUUUUUCGAAGGGUACUGUAAGUUAAAGUCCGCAGUUGGCGUGUUUGCACAUUUCAAGUGGUCUCAUUUUUUUUUCUGUUCGUUUAUUUUUUGUUUUACAAUAAUUCAAAAUGAAGUUGACGUAAUCCAACUGUCUGCUAGUAGUUAGUCAUUUCGAUAAAAAUUUUCGAACAAAACUGGAGGUGCGACAAAAUGUGCAAACAAAGUACUGUAUGUGAAGGGCCGCAAAUGUACACGCAUGGUGCACAUUUGCGGCUCUUCACAUACAGUACUUUUCGAAAAGAAAAACUUGUUGUUGUCGUAGCACCCAUUUUUCUAACAAAAAAAAAUGUUUCAGCAACAUAACGGAUCCAAAAGUCGGGAAUGUCAAAUGGCGCGUUCAAACUGUAUUGAAAACUGACGAUUCUCCGGCAAAAUAUGAAAAUGAUUCUCAGGUUUUUCAAUAGUCUAUUCGUCGCUACUUUGGGGCGAUAUAUAGUGCAAUUAGCAAAAUGUGCAAAAAAAGGGACAUAUCUGUUUUGACUUUUUUCCCAAGGUUAGCCUAUGUUCCGCGAUUUGGAAUUUUACCAAAUUACAUUCCGCAGUGCCGCUGCGCGCUUUUGCGAACCUUGGUCACGCUUUAAUUUUUUGUUUUCUUUCAUUAAGGUACUCUACUUUCAUGUGCUUUCACAGCAAUAACAAUCAAUAGAAAGCGUGACCUAGAUUCGAAAGACGCUUCGCGUACGCACGCAGCGGAACAGCGGAAUGUCGUUCCGUGAAAUUUCAAGCCGUGGCAUACAGAUUAUAAAACUGAAUGAAGUAUGAUUUAUAAUGAUUUCAGUUAUUUUCCGAGUUGAUUUUCAUGAAAUAUCUGGACACGAUGCCGGUAGAGAACCCCGGGGUUCGACAGAAAUGCAUAGUCCGCCCGGAAAUGGUGAAAAAAGGUUCUCGAAAAAAAUGAACUGAAGUUUAUAGAUCGGCGCCAUGGCUAUCCAUAGUCCAAGUGCAAUGUAUCCAGGGACGAAAGAAGUUUCGAUGAAAGCCGAGAAUGGAGUUGUCAGGUCAAUAUUUUGGCUUUCUUGGACUUAAUUUUAUCCCGCUAAAACCGCAUAGAGAAUGAAAGUUCGGCGCGAGAAAAAAAGCGAGCUGCGGUACGUUGACGACAUCGCGAAAGAACCGCGUCGGACUCGCAUUUUCCUUGACCCGACGUCGCUUUUCAUGCACUAGAAAAACUUUGAAAUUAUCCAAGGUACGAGUUCGCGGCAAGAGAAAUUCGAUAUCGCGCCAAGGAAAAUGGGAGACCAGUGCGGAACUUUUGCGAUAUCGCUAAGGUACCGCCAGCGACAUCGCUUUUUUUCAAAUUUGGAUACACAAAUGAAAUUGAAUAUUCAAAAAAUUUCACUGAUUUAUUCUUUUCCGUGAGAUUAAUUAAUAUUCAAACAUUUAUUUUCAGACAUUAUCGCAACACAAAACUCCGCGUUUUCGGAGCCGGAAACCUCAGGAAACCGACGCAUUCAACGCGAUUAGAACCAACUUUCGAGAAGGAUCUCCUUGACGCCGUUUUCCAAAGAGUCCGCAGCGUCUACGACAUCGUGCCGCUGAACUGUCGCGAUAUCGCGCACAGAGUCUGGGCGGGACAUGGUCUGCGGGAUCCUUGCGUCGUUGAAGCGGAGAAAAAGCAAAAAAACGUUAGCUAACGAUUGGAAAAAUCAUAAGAUCUUACCUUUAUUUAUAUGUAUGUUUUUUUAUUGAGAUGAAUAAAAAAAUUUUUUUUUAUAUUUAAAUUUUUUUCAACUCUAGCAAUAAAAAAAGAGAAUGCUUUGGAACGAAAAAAAUAUUCUCUUCUUUUUUGAUACUUUUCCUGUUAAAAUCAAUGGAACAUGUUUUAUUACCUCCUAAAGAAAACCCAUCUUAUCAAAGAGGGAACGUGGCGUAUUUUGAUAUUUUAUGAAUCAACGGAGGAACUCCUAAAAUGGAAUUCUUGUUUGUAUGAUAAGAAAAAAGCUUUUGAUUUUUCUCAACUUUUCGAAACAUUCAAAAACAGUUAAAUCAAGGACCGCAGGGCCACGCCCACAUCGCUCAAAAAUGUGUCAUUUUUUGUAGCAAAAAACAUUUUUCCGCAUUUUAUACGUUGAAACAAAAAAAGGAAAAAGUAAAAUAUCCCUCAAUUACAUACAACAAAUCCAGACCACUUUUAAAGAUUUUAUUGUCUUUUUGCGAGUUUUGUUUGUUGAAUUUACGUCUUUGUAUGACUUUUGUACUAUGCAACAUGAAUUUCAGCGAUUUUUAGAUUAUUAACCAUCAUUAGCUUGACGUCAAAUGAUCAUAAUGUUAUAAAAGUUGCAAAUCUCUCCUAUUUUUGAUCGUUUCAAGACCUUUUUUUGUGAAUUUUGAUCUUUAUAUUAAUAUCUCCAGACAACUCGGGCAGAGUCGAAAUGGUGGGUAAUGGCCGCUAAAAGGUAGAGGCUCCAUAAAGGUCUCACAAAGGCAGCAAAGAGAGUCCCUUUAUCGAGCCUUUCAUUUUUCUUGAUUUUAAGAGGCUCAAGAAAGGGUCGAAAAAGGAAGAGGCAGCAAAAAUGGUGCAAUAGGGCCGAGAAAAUGGCGCAAAAAGGCACCAAAAAAGGAGCCUUCGUCACCCAAAAGGAACUUUUCUAUGGAGCCUUUUUUCACCCUUUCCGACUUUGCCUAUUGUAAAUCAUUUUCAGUAUGAUCAAAGAAAUGAUAAGAUUGAUCGAAUUUUGUGUUUUAUCUUCGGACGCAAUAAAUUAUUUGAUAUGGCUAAUUAUCAGUUCAGUUGUGAAUUAGAUAAGAAAAGGGUGUGGUGCGGGAACUGAUUAUAACUUUUUAUUUUUUUACUCAGACAAAUUUUAAAGUUCGUUCAAAUUCAUAGCUCUUUUUUUACAAAUCCAAAAAAAUCUGAAAAAAACUGAAAAAAACUGGAAAAAGUCAGAAAAAAAGUUUUUAGAGACCGUCGCGCAUGGAAACCGCCCCUCGUUUUCCAUUCAAAAUUUAUUUUCCAAAGUUUCUUCUUUCUCAAAAAUAUUUUUCGAGUUUGAGCUUCUUCUCUGUAGAAAAACACUGCCCUUCUUCAUUUUUUUUUCGAAAAGUCCGUUGCUUGUGAACAACUUUAAAAAUUACGAGUUUUCAUCUUUUUUUCUACUUAACAAUUUUCUUGUCAUUUUUUUAUGCAUUAUAUUCCAAAUACUACGAAACGAUCACAUAGCUUAUAGCUGUUUGCCCUUAUGGUCUGAACUUUAAAUUCGGCGUAUACGUGAUCUAUCAGAUCGCGUGAGCCGAUCUCACGAGCUUUGCGUAGUGAGACUCAUUCCCAGCUGUUCAAAGCUCUUCGGUCGACGCGACUGAUCAUCAGAUCGGUCGGGGUCCUGUCGGAGUCAGACAGGAUCCUGGUGAGAACCAGGAGAUCUCGUUCACCUGGUUCGAACCGAAAAUCGGAUCCAACAUGGAACCGAGGUCUGAGGCCCUGUGCUACAGAUCGGUCGGGGUCCUGUCGGAGUCAGACAGGAUCCUGGUGAGAACCAGGAGAUCUCGUUCACCUGGUUCGAACCAAAAAAUCGGAUCCAACAUGGAACCGAGGUCAGAGGCCCUGUGAUACACAACCCACAGGGAUCGCGCUUAAACCAACGGAGACUGAUAUCCGUAAAUUAAGCGAAAGUGGAUCCGUGAAGGAACCAAGGCCCGGGGUCUCACUGACAGUCAGAGUCACUACCCGGACCAGAGCAACAAGAAACUGUUGAUCCCAAAUAGGACCAAUCCUGGAACUCCGAAGUAA